AUGGUUGGGUGGACUGAAGCGCUACCUUAUGCGAAACUUUACAUGGCAACAUGCGCCAGUUAUUGGGAUCAGCCUCAAUUGCAGCGGGUUCUUGAGACUGUCAUCACUCACCUCAACACCAAAAGCUCUGUUGAGGUCUUGUCAGGCGCGCAGACUAGAAACAUCGACGAUAUGAUGGAUAUGGUACUCAGGAGCUGCACAGGCUGCGGCGCUGCCAAAGACUACGACCAGGCGUUGGUCUUUCUCAUGCAGAUUACAGACGACCCCAGCCCGCUGAAUCUCUCCCGCUCGCGCCGCGCACGUGGAUUUGCCAUUAUGGCGCACAUGUGCUUCGAAGAGGGACUUCCAGAGGACCGGCGCAUGAUGAACAUCGACGCUGUGCAUCGCGGCGCGGUCCUCGCCGAUGUUGCCGCCUCGCUUGGGUUUGUCGCCCCAGUGGUCCUCCAGAUCGCGGAUAUCAUCGAGAAGACUGGUUUUCGGCACCAAGAGACGUGUCCGCCUGGGCACACUGUCGACCGCUUCCUCGAACUCAAGGACCUCUGGCGGGUCUACGGCAAACGCAAGGCGGAAAUGGAACAGAAGGACGAUGCGCGCGAUGCUAAAGUGCUCGCCAUGCCGAACUUCUACUUUUGCGCUGCCGAAGGCUGCGGGAUUGAGGCAACACACAAGUCGGGACUGUCCAGCUGCGCCGGCAAAUGUGACAAAGGCUGGAAGCCAUCAUACUGCAGCAAGGAAUGCCAAAGAAAGGACUGGUCACGCCACAAGCCUUUCUGCAAUGCUGAAGGCACUCCUGAUCCUGUCAUCACCGCGCUGCGCAACCGCGUCAUCCAAGGCGAUACUGAGGUCAGAGCCGUACCUUUGUCUAUCCCUGCCGCAUCUGGAUUCGUCCAACGCUCACCAGAGGGGAUCGCGUCCAGACGACAUGAGCGCGGGAUCGAUGUCGCUGGACCGGACGGUGGUGGUUUCCAGAUCAAUUCGAGUACGAUGGCGCCGGAUUUCAUGCGUGAUGUCCAGUAUCAUCUGCAGCGACUUAUGCGUGGGGAAUCUUGA